GGCGCAGCAGCGAAAGCAUGGCGGCGGCGGAGGGGGCGGCGGCGGCGGAGGGGGGCUUCGGCCAGAUGGGCCUGGACGCGCGGCUCCUGCAGGCGGUGGCCGAGCUGGGCUGGGCGGCGCCGACCCCCAUCCAGGAGAAGGCGGUGCCGCUGGCGCUGGAGGGGAAGGACCUGCUGGCCAGGGCCCGGACGGGCUCCGGGAAGACGGGCGCCUACGCCCUGCCGCUGCUGCAGCGCCUGCUGGCCGCCAAGGGGGCGGCGCUGGUGGCGGAGCAGGCGGUGCGGGCCCUGGUGCUGGUGCCCACCAAGGAGCUGGCCCGGCAGGCGCUGCGGAUGCUUCGGAGGCUGGCCGCCUACUGCGCUCGGGACGUGCGCGCCGUCGACCUGGCCGGCCCGGAGGACCUGAGCGCCCAGAGACCCCUCUUGAUGGAGAAACCAGAUGUGGUGAUAGGAACACCAUCACGGGUUUUGGCACAUCUGCAAAUGCAAAACCUGAGACUGCAGAAUUCGUUAGAAAUUUUGGUGAUAGAUGAAGCUGACUUGCUUUUUUCAUUUGGCUUUGAGGAAGACUUGAAGAAUCUCCUCUGCCAUUUGCCCAAGAUCUACCAGACCUUCAUCAUGUCGGCUACCUUCAACGAGGAUGUGCAGACACUGAAGGAGCUGGUGCUGCACAACCCGGUGACUCUCCGGCUGCAAGAAGCCCCCUUGCCAGACAGCUCCCAGCUGAGCCAGUUCCAGAUCAAGUGCGAGACCGAAGAGGAUAAAUUUUUGCUCCUCUACGCCCUCCUGAAGCUCUCCCUGGUGCGGGGAAAAGUCCUCCUCUUUGUCAACAGGAUCGACCGCUGCUACCGCCUCAAACUCUUCCUGGAGCAGUUUGGGAUCGCUGCCUGUGUCCUCAACUCGGAGCUGCCUGCUCAGUCCCGGUGCCACAUCAUCAGCCAGUUCAAUCGGGGCGUCUACAGUUACAUCAUUGCCACAGAUGAGCAGGACCUGGCAGAACCAGAGGUGACUAGCAGGAAGAGGAAGAAGGGCACCAAAGGAGAAAAGGGCCAAGACCAGGAGUACGGGGUCUCCCGAGGCAUCGACUUCCACAACGUGUCCGCGGUCUUCAACUUUGAUUUGCCCCCCUCCUUCGAAUCCUACAUUCACCGAGCGGGCAGGACAGCCCGUGUUCAGAACCCAGGCACAGUCCUGACCUUCGUCCUGCCCUCUGAGAGGCUUCAGCUGGCCAGAAUCGAAGAGGUGCUUACAGCCGAGAGCGCAAGCAAGUGCACCUUGACGCCCUACCAGUUCCGGAUGGGGGAGAUCGAGGGGCUCCGCUACCGCUGUCAGGAUGCCAUGCGGUCGAUCACCAAGCAGGCUAUCAAAGAAGCUCGGCUCCGUGAAAUCAAAGAAGAGCUGCUCAACUCGGAGAAGCUCAAGACGUACUUCGAAGACAAUCCCCGGGAUCUGAACCUGCUGCGCCACGACAAGCCCCUUCACCCGGCCAUCGUGAAGCCCCACCUGCGCAACAUCCCAGAAUACCUGGUGCCUCAGGGUCUACGACCAGCAGUGCCAGCCCUCCCUGGGAAGCGCAAGCGGCGGAAAUGCCCAGCCUCCACUAGCAAGGGCCAGCGGAACCCCCUGCACAGCUUCAAGAACACCCGGAAGAAGUUUCGGGCCUUGGCCAAGCCCAGAUAAGCCACCGGAGCCCUCGGCUCCCACCAGCCGCAGGAUCCCUGGGAGUGACCAGAGACCGGUUCCCCUGGCCCGGAGGUCAGGAGGGCCCUACAGCUGCUCUCGCUCUCUCCCCCCGUCCCUGGGCUCCUCUUGCCAAACUGCCCCCGGCUCAAUAAAUUGCCAUAGCCAGGACAAAAAAAACCCUUUCGUGGGGCACCUGGUGCCGAUUCCUGACUCUGGCUGCGUCUCUUGGGUGCUCUCGUGCGGAUGGCCUUCAGAGGAGCAGGCAAGGCGGGAGGGCGUCCCGCAAACACCUCGGCCUCGUGGGAAGCAGCACUGUGAAUUUCCGGGAGCCAGCGGAGUUGGCUCUGGAGCAGAGGCGGCGCGCACCCUCUUCGCCUAAAUAAAACCAACCGGC